CUCACUCCUUCUGGCUUCUCUUUCAAGCUACUCUCUCUCUUCUCUCGCUCCGACCACCAGUUGUCUGUUCCUCCGGUUCUUCUUCUCCACGGAUGUCAGUUGAUAUCUGCAAGAAGAAUCCAUCGUGCGACUAUGGUUAUAUGAGCAAAGGAAGAGGUUGUGGUGUUCCUUCUUCAAACAGUAGACUUGGACUUAAAACCCUGCAAAAUUCGAUUUUGAUUUUUUAGUUGUUGUCACAUUUUUUACUCUGAGAGUUUCUCUGCAAUGGGGAAAAAUAGCUUGGCACCUGGCUUUCGGUUUCAUCCCACUGAUGUUGAACUUGUAAGAUACUACUUGAAGAGAAAAGUUCUUGGAAAAAAGUUCAUGACUAAUGCCAUUGCUGAGGUCGACAUUUACAAGUUCGAACCACCUGAUUUACCCGAGAAGUCAUGCUUAAGGACAGGAGAUCUUAAGUGGUACUUCUUCUGUCCGAGGCUUAAGAAGUAUCCCAACGGCGGUAAGGCAAACCGUUCUACUGAAUCUGGUUACUGGAAGACCACAGGGAAAGAUAGAGACGUGACUUACAAUGAUGAGGUCGUUGGAAAAAUCAGAACUCUGAUUUUUCACUACGGGAAGACGCCUCGUGGGGAACGUACUGACUGGGUCAUGCAUGAGUACAGACUUGAAGACAGAACACUGGAACAGAGGAAUAUUCCUCAGGAUACUUAUGUGAUUUGUAAACUCUUUAAGAAGAAUGGACUUGGACCAAGGCAUGGAUCUGAAUAUGGAGCUCCGUUUAAGGAUGAGGACUGGAGUGAUGAGGAAGAUAUAGAGAGUCUUGAUCCUGGUCCUAGCAAAGAAACCAGUGGAGUUGCUUCCGCAUCACACUCACAUCGUCCUGAGGAUUGUAUCACUGGAGUGAUAUCAGAAUCUUGCGUCGUCUCUGAUGUACCGCAACUAACUGCCGCCACAGUGCUUCUUCCACCUCUAGCAAGUGAUGUUGUAGCUCACACUCCCUUGCCUUCUUCUCCUCCUCCUCUUCUUGAGGUUCCUCAUGCAGUACAAGAUGACGAUGACUUUUAUUCUAUGUUGGAUCUCUUUGUUGUUGAUAACGAAGAGUCUUUACAUCUUGACGGACUCAACAACCAGUUCGAGGUGAGACAUGAGACUGAGGUUCCUGCUGUGGAGGAAGCUCCUGUUUGCUUAGAAGAUGUCGAUAUGAGCUGGAUACAAGACUUGAGCGAUGAGCUAUUCAUAGGCAUAGAGGAACUGAUUGAGCCAUCUACUCCUCCCGCUGCUCAGGGCGGUCAUCCUGGUGACUCAUGAGUCUAUAGUCAGACUUAAAACCAUUGCUGUUUUGAGAAUCCUUGUUGAUUUGCUGGCAUGGAAACAGAGACCAAAAAUUUGUGAAGCUUUAACCAGAAUGUUUAUUCUAUUGCAACC